GCGGCGUGUUCUGCCGUCUACAGCCUACUUUCGGUUUUGAUUAGCGCAAAGUCACAAAGCGGUGUCAACAGUAAGCACGUAUUUGGAGGAAGAAUCUAAAAUGCCGAAGAUGGCUUUCUCAACGCUAUUGCUUUUGUGCGUGGACGUCUGUGCUGUGCAGACAGUGCGCCUGGCCCAGCUCUUGCCGUCGGUUGUCUCCCAUCCUUUUCUUGCUCUGUGGGGUGGUGGUCUGCUCCGUGCAUCUCUUCUGCUCCUCCUCACCCUCUCCCCAGGGUGCCCAGAGUGGUUGAGAGGUCAGGACUGGGUCCUGACACUGGGGGUGCACAGCUUCCUCUCCCCAGCUUACAUCACCCUUCUGUGGGUCUGUGGGCAGUCCACACUGGAGCUACUUUGGGGAUGGCACUCCUGGCUCGGGAUAGUGCAGGGGUACAUAGUCACAGCUGUGUCUGCGUUGCUCUGGCAACAAUACAUCCCUUCACUCUCUACUGAGACAACAAAGGAACCAGAGAAAAAAAAUGCUUCACUGCAGAGACUUCUGGGAUACAUGCGCCCAUACACUAAGCGGUUUGCAGCAAUCAUCUUCUUUGUGGUGAUCUCCUCCCUGGGUGAGAUGGCCAUUCCCCACUACACGGGCAAAAUGACAGACUGGAUCAUGAACGAGGACGACCCUGAAGCCUUCACUCACGCCAUCACAGUCAUGUCCCUGAUCACUAUAAUGAGUGCAGUCAGCGAGUUUAUCUGCGACCUGAUUUACAACAUCACCAUGAGUUGCAUCCACACCUUCAUCCAGGGCCUGGUUUUCCAGUCUGUCCUGAAGCAGGAGAUUGCUUUCUUUGACACAGUGAAGACUGGUGACAUUGUAUCACGCAUUACCACGGACACCAACACCAUGAGCGAGUCUCUGAGUGAGAAGCUCAGUCUGCUGAUGUGGUACUGCAUGCGUGUCAUCUUCCUCUUCAUCUUCAUGCUCCGGCUCUCCUGGAAGCUGUCCAUUUUCACCGCCCUGGGGCUGCCCAUCAUCUGGGUCAUUCCAAAGUUCUCUGGCAAGUUCUACCAGUCAUUGUCAGCACAAGUUCAGGAAUCUCUUGCUCGGGCCAAUGAUGUUGCCAUGGAGACCUUCUCUUCCAUGAAGACAGUGAGAAGCUUUGCCAAUGAGGAUGGUGAGACGCGGAGGUACCAGCAGCGGCUGGAGGAAACAUAUUCCCUCAACAAGCAGGAGGCUGCAGCUUAUGCCGCUUCUACCUGGACCAACAGUCUGUCCAGUUUGGCCCUGAAGGUCAGCAUUCUGUACUAUGGUGGAAGGCUAGUUACAGGCGGUGCUGUCAGCAGUGGUGACCUGGUGUCCUUUGUGCUGUAUGAGCUGCAGUUCACUUCCGCUAUAGAGGUUUUCAUGUCAUACUACCCCCAUGUGAAGAAGGCCAUUGGAGCUUCAGAGAAGAUCUUUGAGUACGUGGACCGCAAGCCACAGGUUCCUGCUGAUGGCUCUUUGGCCCCUGAGACACUGGAGGGACAUCUGCAGUUCAAAAACGUCACCUUCACCUACCCAAAGAGGCCCGAAACAGCUGUACUCAAGGGCUUCUCUCUGGAGCUGAAGCCAGGUGAGAUCACUGCCCUGGUGGGACCCUCAGGUGGUGGUAAAAGCACCUGCGUCAGUCUGUUGGAAAGGUUCUAUGAGCCGCAGGAAGGGGAGAUCCUGCUGGAUGGAAACCCACUGCACAGCUACCAGAACCAGUACCUGCACAGAAAGAUUGCUGUGGUCAGCCAGGAGCCUGUGCUGUUUGCUCGCUCUGUGAAAGAAAACAUUAAAUACGGUCGAGAGGAUGCCACUGACGAGGAGAUUUUCAGGGCUGCUGAAAUGGCUAAUGCACACAAAUUCAUCAUUGACCUGCCAAAUGGAUACAGCACAGAUGCUGGAGAGAAGGGGGGCCAGGUCUCAGGGGGUCAGAAGCAGCGAAUUGCCAUUGCCCGAGCCCUGAUUGGACACCCUAAGAUCCUGGUUCUUGAUGAUGCCACCAGCUCCCUGGACACUGAGAGCGAGCACCUGGUUCACCAGGCUCUGCUGAAGAGCUCAAGCCGCUGCGCCAUUCUGUUGAUCGCUCACAGGCUGAGCACAGUGGAAAAAGCCAAUCAUAUCAUCUUCCUCCAAGGAGGGGAGGUGCUAGAGGAGGGAAGCCAUGCGGAGUUGUUGAAGAAAGGCGGGGCCUACGCACAGCUUGUGCAGAAGCAGAACACUGCUUUCCAGCGUAACACUGAGGAAGGGGCAGACAGGGAGGCUGCCAUAUGAUCUGGUGCUGUGUUAUGAUUCGUGAGGUUUUGCUCCCACCCUAUCUUCUUAUUCUUAUUUAUUUUGGCUGGGAGAUUUACACUGAGACCAAUGUCUAAUUCACAGAGAAGCCUGGACAAGGGUUAUAAGGCUUAAAUGAGCAUAGAUUAAAAGGCAGGCAUGACUGAGUGGGCACCUGUGAUGACAUCACUUGACAGUUUGAGAAGAUGAAGCAAAAGAGGUAUAUUAGGAUGCACAAAUGUAAGCAAGUGUCAGGCUGCAGAGGCUUCCUCUCAAGAUUGUAUGCAUGGUGCCACAUAAUUGCGUGUGAAUUGUCAGCACACUGCUGGAUGUGGUUAGUUAAAAGAGUUGUUUUCCGUCUCAUAAAAAUAGAUGUCUUAAUUUAAAUUUCUCACAUAUGGCUUUGGCUAGCUAGUCCCUAUAAGUAGUUUGCAUAUUUGUCUCCAUUUGCUCACAUGAUGUCAUCACAUCAGUAUUUAAAUGACAUCCCAGCAAACACAUUUCCAGGGAAAUGAAUGAUUGGAGAAAAUGUGGUAUGCAGUGCAGAAAUGGCAGUCAUGAAUUGUAAUAAUUUCCUAAAUGGUUGAUCUCUGUCUUCAUAAAGUAUGUAUGUGUGAAAGCAAAUCUCAAAGGUAAAAUAUGUAAACUGUAGAGGUGCUUAUACUUACACCGUUGAACAUGGUGCAGAUUAAGUUCCUGUGAGCCUAAAAUCUAUUUUAUUUCUAUGUAUAUAUUUCCAGGGUUUCCCUUUUUUUUUUUCUAAAAACAGCAUCUCUGCUUUUGAAACAUAAGAUUUGUGUAAAUGUGGUAUUUACAGUUAUAUGUUUAUCUGAAGCUCUGGAAAUGUGUUCUUGAUGCUGCCCAGUUUCCAUCAGACAAAACACAGUGGCAUUUACACUUUUCUAUUGACCUGGUUGUAACUUUCAUUUGCUCCCUGAAAGGCACAGUGAAUAUUUUAGGAAGAUAGCAGAAAAACUCUUGCACUGUAUCUGGUAUCUAUUCAAUUUCCUCAUUAUUUCUCUCAAACUCAGUAAAUAUUUCCAUAAACUUUU